AUGUCGUUUUGGAUGGAUCGAGCAAGAAAGGAAGAUGGAGACGUAACUCCUGGGCUGGGAAUGGGAUCUACGUCUCUGGCAAGUGUAGACUUCUUACGAUUUUUUCUGGGCUGCGCCACUCUCGCUUGCUGCGCUAGGGUUCUUGCAGCUUGCAAAUUUGAUACUGAGUCUCCCUCCUUGCUCAGAUACCUUUAUGUUUCGAUUUUGGUUUCUGUUUCUAUCCCUUUCUGUUUCGAUCUACAAUAUGUGUUUCGAUUUGGGUUUCGAUCCUUGUUUGUUUCGAAUUGGGUUAUUGCAGUGUACUUCUUUGCGGUUUUAAUCAGUUAUACCUUGUUUGAUCCAGUAACAAUGGUGAACCGAAAGACAAGAGCUAAGCGAAUUAGAAGGGAAUCACCACCAAGUUCUGACAGUGAUUAUAGUGAUGCCGAGAAAGGAGAAGAAAGUGAGGAAGAAUUUCUCCCUUUGGACGAUUCUUCAGAGGAUGAUGAAGAGAUCAUUGCUGCUAGAGAGAAAGUUAUGAAUUUCGGCAGAGGAUGGAAGUCUGUGGCUAUGCUACAGGAAAGUGACAAAGAGGAUGAUGGUGACAAUGCAAAUGUUACUGAUGCUGAUGUUGGUGGUAUUGAUGUAGAUGAUGGGGUUGGUGGUAGUGUUGGAGAUGCUGGGGUAGGUGGUAGUGAGGAUGCUGAAGAAAAUAGUGAGUCAGAUGGACAUUUGAGUGAAUAUUUGGAAUCUUCUAAUCCUGGCAGCAAAUUGGAGCAAGACACACUCAGGAAGACAUUUGAAGAACUUGUUCUGGGCCCUGGCUAA